AUGCCCAAAAUAACCGUAGCGGCAAUAACAUGUUUUUUAAGGAACCAACAGUACACUCUCUCACAAGUGUUACGAACGUACUGCAAUCCUCCGCAAGGCGAGUCAGGCGGGCAGGGAAAAGCUAUCGUCACUCCGCCAAAGAAAAAGUACCACGUCAUCCCGCAUGGAGACAGAUCUUAUAAAGUUGGCGAAAAUAGACGAUACUCGCCUUUUCACUAUCCCAGUCAGUCCAAAGUUGAAUGGGUGGUGGCUCGAUUGGAUGAUAUAUUGAACUGGGGCAGAAAGGGCUCCCUCUGGCCGCUGACCUUCGGUCUGGCUUGUUGCGCUUUGGAAAUGAUGCACUAUGCUGCUUCCAGAUACGAUAUGGACCGCUACGGCAUGGUGUUCCGCGGCACGCCCCGGCAGACUGACGUCAUCAUCGUCGCCGGCACCGUCACCAACAAGAUGGCGCCGAUCCUCCGCAAGACGUUCGACCAGAUGCCCGAUCCGAAAUUCGUGGUGUCGAUGGGCAGCUGCGCGAACGGCGGGGGUUAUUACCACUACACGUAUUCGACUGUACGCGGCUGUGAUAGAAUUAUACCGGUGGACAUCUACGUGCUCGGCUGUCCCCCCACAGCAGAAGCCCUGCUAUACGCCAUGCUAGUUCUACAGAAGAAAGUCAAACGCAUGCGAAUGUGCCAGAGCUGGUACAGACAAUAAUAUAUUACAUUACAUUAAAGCAUA